AUGUCCACUUUUGCUUUCUUGUUGCUCUGCAUCCAGGCAUGCCUCAUCCAGCAAGCCUACAGCCAAAUUUAUGGCCUCAACAGCUAUGGACCAUCCUACGGCGCUGUGGGUUACGGCGGAUGCGCUGGCUACGGCGGUGUGGGUAACGGCGCUCUCGCCGUCGCUGGAGAACUGCCAGUCUCUGGCACCACCGUCGUCACUGGCGCCGUGCCAGUGCUUGGCGCUGUGACCUUCGGUGGCAGCGUGCCAGCUGCUGGCGCCGUCUCCAUCUCUGGCAACUGCGGUUGCGGUGGUGUUCCCUAUGGAAGUUUCUAA